GUAGUAGAAUGUUAGAGAAAUCUGUCUAUGGUUAUACUGCGGAGAGUUUUAUGAGCUGCUUAAAUCACAAAACUGAAAGUUAUUGUAAGUACAUAUAACUCCCGGAUUCAGGCUAAGGAAGUCCAUGUUAUGAAAUUUCCCACUGUUUGCUGUUGUAGAGCAACCUCACCCAGCAGCCUGGCUGAAUCCGGAUAGCUGCAGCUGAACCGGAAAGCGCAGCUGUGCGUACGCUCGGACUUCCCUUUGCAGCUGGCCAGUUACAUACACACUUGCCUGGAGUCAUGACGCGGCUCGGCUCUGCUGCUCCAGCCCCGCUGCUGUGCACCCUCGCUGUGCUGGUCAAAAUGUCUCUGUCAGUGGACCAUGUUCCGAUGCUGCUUUGGUCAACUCAGAGAUUACAGUGGAAUCCAGACACUGAUUUGCAUGAAGGACACAUUGUCUCAGCACUGGAGCUGACUGCACUCUUGCAACCUGUUCUUAUGCAGAACUCCAGAAACCUCAUCUUGUUCCUGCAACAUACACUUAGCAUAGAUGAUUUCACAUACCUCAGUGAAUCCUACGGUAACAAGAACCCAUUUCAAAAUAUUCAGGAAAUUCUUCAGUCUUCUCCUUCAUCUUUAGUUUUACCGGCUGUUGACUGUGAGGCUACCAGGUACCUUCUGAGCUUUCUUCAGGAGUCAGGAGAUUGGAAGUUAACAAACAUAACUAAUCUCAAUGUCUCUCAAGUGGAAGUGAAUACAUCUAAACCAAACUUACUGGUGGUUCAGCUACAACCACUCGUCAGUGGUUUCAAUAUGGUUUCCACCCUGGAAGCAAUUGCUGAAAAUGACAAAAUAAUUGGAAGACUGACCAUGGAUCUGCAGGAACGAGGGAUUAGUUUUUCAGUAAUUUAUACUGCAGUGAGACCUUCAAGGAUUUCUAGAAGAACUAAUGUGGUGGGGGAAUUAAGAAGACAAUUAAUGGCCACCGAGGAAGAAGGCAGUUUAUCAUAUCCUCCUCUGACUGUGACCACUGGAAAUGAUAUAUGCAUCCUUUUUUAUGCUAGUAAUUUCAGCCUCAAAGCCAACAGUUCAGUUUUUAUAGAUUUGACAAAUGCAACAUUUGUAACUCAGAAUGUGGAUAUUUCUUCCUCUGAGUGCUCAGGCAUCAACACAACACUGUCAUUAAAAUACACAAAGCCAGUGAAUGGAAUCAGCAGCCUAGAGAUAAGGUUUUUAAUGACCAACAAUUUCUAUGCAGGCUCGGCUAGAAAUUGGUCCACUUUGGAUUCAGUUGAGAUUGUACAAGAUGGAGAAAAGUUCGCUAAAUUUAACGUUUCUGUCAUCUCUGCUCCUGCAGAGUAUUCAUUUCACUGUCAGCUGGUGGGAACAAGCAAUCUCUAUCCUGCAAGGCUGAUUCCAUCCAACAAUGAGGCAAAAAACUGGGAUGUUUUCAUUUCCAGGUUGCAAAUUCAAGGCUUCAACAUUGAAAACAACCAAUUUUCCUAUGCAAGUGACUGUACAGGCUUCUUCACUCCUGGAAUCUGGAUGGGCUUGGUGACAUCUAUAGUUUUACUGUGGAUCCUGACCUAUGGAAUCCAUAUGAUCAUGCAGCUCACAACAAACAACAGAUUUGAUGAUCCCAAAGGUCCAGCUCUGUCAGUUCCUCAGACAGAAUAGCCAUUGAUUUAGUGCUGCUACGGCUUUUCCUGGUCUGAUAUUUAUGAUUUUUAUAACUUUUUUACUUCGUAAUAUGUGUAACCUAAAAAGAUAUCAUAGCAGAAAGGGAUAAUUAAACUACAUAUAAAAAGGAUCCUUAUGCUUGGCAACAGUAGUAAUUCUACUUGUUAUUACCAUCAUUUGUUAACAGCUAUCUGUGCUAGGAGUCUCAGAUGAGGCUGUAGAGGUUAUUACUCUACCUGGCUAUUAGAAAGACCAGUACAAACUGCCUUCAGAUUAACUAUUAUUGGCAAAGAAAAGAUAUCACAACAAAUAUAAAUGGCAAGGAUUUAUAAAUAACUUAUUCAACAAGAAAAUAUAUAUUGAAACUGCUAGUCUCUUUAAAGGCUCUUUACUAAGCACAGCAUGUUGGUGCAUCUUAAGAAGGCUGAACUGGGUCUUGUCAUUUUUUCUGUUGAGAAAACAAUCCAGAAAUGUACAGAACUAACAAGGUAUAAGUAACUACAGAAAUGGUAUUGAAAAAUCUUUUCAAAAUACAUCACUUUGUUUAGAUGUGGUAUCACAAAUGAAUGGGUUAAGGUUUAUCUUCCCUCUAAUGUCAGGUUAUGCCUGUGAGAAUUAUGUUGAGUAAUGCUAACUCGUGUUUGUUUCAGCCAUGGACAGCUGAUGGAGUUACUAAGCAAGAUAGCCCCUUGUCCAAACGGAUUACAAAAUUGUAUUUGGUGUCAUGGCAUUGAAUGCAACUUUUCAAGCUCAUAACCUAGUAUGAUUCAAAGUGCCAGUGCAAACAGCACCUUAACAGAGAUAAGGUAAUUUUCUUGGCAUCCCUCCUUUUCCAGAUAUCUUAGGAGUAGUUAUGAAGUGCAAAAAAGGAAAAAAAUAUUAUAUAAAGUCAUUAGAAGCACUGGGCUAAUGUAAGUCUGAGCGUGUUUAUGGUCAUCUCAAUGAUUCCAGAAGCCUGAAAACAUUCAGAGUGUCCUGGGUUCUUUUGCAAUUAAUAAAAGACUCUACAUCCUCUCACUGGGCAAUCUGACUAUGGAGUGAAUUACUAAAUGUUAUGAAAAGCCAGAAAAUAGUAGAAGAGCAAUGGUAAAUUGGUAAAAAAAUUGUAAAAAUAACAUUUUCAUUCUGCCUUCCAUAAUGCUGUUAUGACAGUGCAUGUUCUAUUAGUAGUUAAAGAACAAAAAGAUAUCAUUUUGACAAAAUUACAUUUGUCACAUGAGAAAAAUUCUAACUUUUCUCAUCUUGAUGCAUGUCAUAGGACAAUGAUACAGAGGAAAGACAGUUAGAAUCAACAAUUUAACUAGACCAACAAUAGUUUCUACCCAUCAUUCCUAGAUGUCACAUUUUUAUUAUGUAGUCAAAAAGGUAAAUUAAAUGCUGUCUGAAACUAUUCCUUCUGAAUCAUUCAGUCCUGAUCUGGAAAACAAAAAGAAAGCUGGUGUGUAACUAGCAGAGGUGACUUCUCUGCUGUAAUAACUUUCCCAAAUGUUUUUCGAAACCUCAAAGAAUGCUGGCGUUCGAUCUAAACAAAACCCAUGUGUUAGAAAGGCACAUUUUCUUUUCAAAAAUAAGUUCCCAGGACAGGCAACCGGACUUGUUUUAUUAAUUGCCCCUUCAAAACAAGUUAUAUGAAUGUGACAUUGAAAAUUGACAUAAUAUUCAUGCAACUGAUAGCUAGGACAAAGGAAUGCUAUUACAAAGGGCUGGAUUGUAGAAGACAGCUUUCUUAUGACUUUUGUCUAGAUUCAACAAAAUUUGGAACAGAUUUUGUUCAACAGUGAUGAUAUGUCGGAACCAAAGAACAGCUUUACAAGGCCACCCAGCUCAGGAUCCUAUCUCCAGCAGUGGUAUGAUUAUGGCAAGCAUGUGGUAGUACUUUCUGCAGAUGUUCCACUGGUCUCCACCAUUUAAGCUCAGGGACUUCCUCAGCCUUAGAGGUGGUGUCUUUGUAUUUAGUAACUCUGGCUAUAGUUGUAGUCCAUGAAUUUGUCCAGCCUCCCCUUGAGCCUAUGAACUCUCCUAGAGCUCACAGUGUCCUGACUGUGGCAUGGCACUGGGGAUACCUGCACCCUCCUUUGCUUGCCUGGGUUGGACUCUGGAGAAGAGGAUGAGGAAACAGUCUCAUAUAGACUGUACCACGGUGAAGAGAUAAGCCUCUUUCAGAAGAGAUCAAGCUGGAACAGAUGUUGGAAGAGAUGUUUGUUGGAUUAGCUUUUGGCUGAUGCAGUAAAAGUGAAGCCCUCAGAAAAGGGCCAGACUGAACUGUCUGCUGUCUACACUGUCUACACAUUCCAGGGUGAUGGGGAAGGCGAUUUGGGGGAGAAAAGCUUUUUCCUUCUACCUUCUCUCACAAUGAUACCAUGAAUGCAGGCAAAUAGGGCCUGUAGGGUCAUAUACUCUGUUUCUAUAGUGAGUUGGAACAUCCCUGUGAAGGAAAGCUCAAGUCACCUGUUGUAGCCCUUGAUGUGGCAGGGUUAUCCUGGUGAGGUUGCUACUGGGAAAAACAACAGAAAAGGAAUGGAACUACCCACAGGCCUAGCUGUCUUGGGGGCCAGGUGGACUGGGCUCAGGGGCCAAUGGCCAGUCCCUGUUAGAAGAGGAUCAACUGCUCUUUGUCCACAUGUAGUGGGUUGACCUUGGCUUGCUGGCAGAUGGCUACCCAGUCGCUCUGGCCUCUUCUCACAGAGGCCACUUCUGCUGCCAACAGCUGGAUAUGGACACGCAACACACCACAUCAGGGGGCCAUGCGUGCUGCUGGAGUCCCCAUCCCCGUGCCAUCUUGAACCCCUGCAGCUGAACAUCAUGCUGCCCUGUGUUUGGAGACAAAGACAACUGAUUACUGAUUUCAGCAGGGCUGGAUUCCUUCCUUUUAAAUAGGGCUGGGCCUCAAGAAAUUCUAGCCGGAUUUUGCACCUGCUGGUGUUUGUUUACGUUGCUGAAUAAAGUUAGAAACCUGCCAGGGGCCUUCCAGUUCUGUGUACUUCUUAUUUCACAAUUCAGCUUAAUCACAGGUUUACUUGUUAAAACAUGCCUGCUUUGGGAGCUGUUCCAGCCAGAAUAAUAGCUCUGUCUGGAAGGUGUGAGCCUUUAGGACUUCCCUCAGAGCUCUCUGAAGUUAUCAGAAGUACUGACUUAUGUGAAUGCUAACUCAUUUCUCUACAAAGUACAAGAAAACUUAAUAAAGAUGGAGGGGAUGAUAGGAAAGAGCAUCAGUUAGGAAAGUAGAAGCUUUUUCUUUACUUUCAAAUAUAUAAAUUAGUGAAACUUUAUAAAGAAAAAAAUCAAAAAUUAUACAAAACUAUGGCACAACUUGAAAAGAUCAGUUUAACUGCGAAAAAUCAAGCUUAAAACCAGAGAAAACCCAAACCUAAACACAAAAGUCCUGAAGCCAUAAGUUAAGGUAUUUCUUCACAAAAUUCAGCAAUGAUCAUUUGUUGGAGAGGAGAGCUGAGAUGGAGCUAGAAUCUGAACCUCCUGACCUGAUACAGGUUUGCUUUGUGUCCUGGUCUGUUGGUUUCUCUGCUUGUAAAAUUACUUAUUUCACAAACCAUGUGGAAACCCAGCAAUGAUUUAUAAUGAAACAGAAUUAUAAUAGAAAUAGUCCAAGAGUAUGUAGGCAGUAAAGGAAGAGAAAUCAUUCCAUCUGUCAAAGGAAGACUCAAUGACGUAAUUGGCUCCUCCUUUCCUUCUGGGUGCCUGAAAAAUAACGAAUAUGCAAAUCUAAAUCAGCUGAAUUAUUAGGCAGUGUCCAGGCAUUACAGUGCUCUGUAAUUAUUUUAGCAUAAGUUGGGGUCAAGCAGGGGAAACCAGAGAUGCUGAAAACAAGGAAUGACCAUGAGAUGCUAACUCCUAAGAUAAUCAGAGAUACAGGAGGAAGCCUGAAUGUUGGAUACUGGUCACUGCUGGCAGAAAACUAGCAGUAGUCUCGGCAGGUGAGGGCAAGUGUGGUGAUAAUCUUAUCUUUACACUGAAAUAGAGGAUGAGAUGACCCACACAAGGGGGGCAAGGACUCCUUUUCCUGCAGGCUGUUUUAUCUGCUGCAUCUUGUGAUGAUUUGACCUUGGACAGCUGCCAGAUGCCCACUCAGCUACUUUCUCCUUCUCCUCCUCCUCCUCAACAGGUCAGGGGGAGAAAGAAAGAUGGAAAAGCUUGUGGGUCAAAAUAAAGAAGGGGACACCACUUACCAGUCACCGUCAUGGGAAAAACAGACUUAUGGAAGAUUCAUUUAUUGCCAGUAAAAAUAGGUUGGAUAAUGAGAAACAAACAAACUUAAAACAAUGCCUUCAGUCUGCUCAAAUGCCAAGAAUCCCAUGGUGUCUGAUAUCUUCCAGUAAAAGAAUCCGAUCUUCUUCAAUUUGUUCAUAAAGGUUCUGCUCUCAGAUUGGUCCAUUCCCUAUGAAAACAAUGCAAAAUCAAGGAGAAAAGAACUAUUUCUUCAGAACUCUGAUUUCUAAUGACUUAAAAAUUAUUGAAGUGCAGGGGAAAAAAAAAAAGAAAUACAUGAGAUCUUGCCAAGGGGUGGUUCCCUAAGUAAGUAGUCUCUCACGUCAAUGCGGGCCAGUGUCUUUCUUAGUCUUCCUACCUGUGUGGGUGGAAAGGAGACUUACAACAGUGACUGAGCCCAAGAACAAGUCAUUUGCUAUUGAUGUCCCACAAAUGAAGUGGCUCCCUUAUCUCCACAACUUUUUUCAUAUGCCUCCUGUUUGAACACAGGUACCCCACUCCAAUUGGAUGGAUUUCUGUAUAACCCCCGGACCUGGUAUGUUCUUGAAUUAUUAUAGCUGAACUUAGUUUUUUAUAGUUGAACUUAGUUUUAGACUGAUUUAUGUGUCAUUCAUUAUUGCCAUGACAGAAUAUAGCUUACUGAAUUAUCAUAUCUUUUCGGCUUUGCAAAUGGCAAUGUGGGUCUCCAGUGGAAGUCUGGGAAACCCAUUUUGAGUCUUUCUUAAUACUCCCUUAACUAGUUGUGUAGAAGUAACAUAAAAUGAGUGAUAUACAGUCACCAUGGCAUCAUAUGCAACUUCCUUAGUUAAUGAAAACUGUGCAACAAUAAUGUUUGCAAGAUAAAAAAAACCAACAAAUGCUUUCAUAAAAGUACUUUUGGAAGGUGGAUAAGUUAAGGGCUUUCCAAUGUAAUGUUUGAAUUGUACUUUUGUAUAUCCUAUUUAUUCUGGAUAAACAUGGAUACAUAUGGAUAGUAGAGUGAUCAAUUUAGCUAUUUAACAGAUAUUUUUCACUGAAGCAUACUGGCAUGGUUUGAGAUAUUACUGUCUCUACCUACCCUGCCUUUCAUUCAUGUAUACCUGUGCCUCAGCUGUUCAUUAAGUUCACACUGCUGUGCUCUCUUUUUCCACCAAGGGUGUAAUAUAUCAGAUUUUGUACUAGAGUAGCUGCGAUGCAGGUGCUUGCCUGGGUCUGUCAGGCUGCUGAGUAAUAAAAUCCUGACAGAGGAGCAAAGCAGAUAGCUGCAAACACUAAUGUCUCAACACAUUACAGUGAUAUCGGGGAAGGAUUUUUAUUAUAUCUGUCAAAAGGGGAAACCAAAGCAUGCAAGCAGCCAUGUGUCCUGUCAGGUUCAAAGACCACAUUGCUAAUAGCCUGAGAGGCAGGACCGGCUCCAAUUUGGGCAGUGUGUUUUCUGUCUCAGUAUGCUUGAACACAGUUCAGCUAAUAAUGUAUGUUAGGGCAAGCUCAGGAGUGCUCUGUUUCAUAUCCUGCUACAAAGACCGCUAAAGGCUGUCCAUGGCAGAAGAUACCUGAAGGGCACCAGGAGCCAGCAGUGGCUUUCUUCUCUCCCUCUGUAUCUUCAGACUGCAACUGAACAGGGAUGUCCUAGGCCCACAGUGGUCUCAAUCCUUCUCUUCAGUAAAAAAGAAAAAGUAAAUGUGGAAAAGGAGGGGCAAUACGGAUCAUCCUGUUUUCCUCAAUAGACAGUGAGAGCCCUUGCACUUCUGAGCGGCCACCAGAGUCCUACACCCCAAUAGAAAAGCAAGGCUGGCACCAAGGGGCCCUGACACUGCUGGUGAGGGUGUGCACUCCUGCGUGAGGCUGGGCUGUCUUGGAAGGUCCUCCAGGUCUUCAGCUUUCUCUCCCAGAAUGACUCUUUGGGGCUAUCUGCAAACUAAGGCAGGAGCAGCCACUUUGGCUGCCCUCCAGAAACUCUGAGGUAGCUGAAAGGGAGUGGGAGGAGGGAACCCCACAACUAUGCUGCAUUUACCUUACCACAUGCCCAAAGAGACAGAAUUGAACCCCAGAGUGUUUUAACAGGCAGCUGAAUUCUGGAUGAAAAAGUCUGAGGUUUCAUCUAUCUUUUUAUAACUAACUAGUAUUACAAUUACAAAAUAGAUGGUCUGCUUUUGCUUGUAAAUCUUACAUGGAUGUAUACUUACACAGAAAGAGUGGAACAGUUGCAUCAGAUUUCAUUGAUUUAGAUUUUACACAGAAUUUUUUGUGAGUGUACUGGUUGGUUUUGAGGCCAGAAUUUAGACCUUAAUAGCUUAUUGUUGUCAAUUUGUGUGGUCUAAUAGUAAUUAAUAGACACCUAAAUUAGUGUGGGGUUUUGGGUCUGGGUUUUUUGUUUGUUUGCCUGAAAUAACACAAAAAAAUUCUUUAUUGGAUGUGUAGGGGAAUGUUAAGUUUGCUCAUGUUCUGGCAUAAUUUGAACCCAUUUCUGCUGUAAUUGCUUUUAUAGCACUCUGAAAUUCAAGGGGGCAGAAGGGGUUUAGUGGUGAUGGAUCGUUGAGCUGAGCAUGCUUCUGGCAACAGAUAAAUGAGCUAAAGAUUAACGGUCAGCUUUCUUAAUUGUAAUAUCUGAAACCCUUCCCUGGAUAAAACUGGUGUCUAAGAAUUAGGAAAGACAUAGGAUUUUGCCUAAUGAAUUACUAUCUUCUGUUUGUUAUGAAACUCUUGGCUGACAUGUGAGCUAGUUACUUUUACCAUCUUACCUUAUCAGAAAGGUGAAGGACUCCUUCAGCAGGGUCAUUGUUUUCAUCUGGAAUAGCCAAAGGUUUCACAUCAAAGAUUCAGUAAGAUUGCACGUUACUCAUUAAGUAAAACCUGCAUCUUGUCUAAUCAGCAGUGUAUGCGUCUGCUGCAAAUCCAGGGCUGGAUUCAGCUGCUGUGCAAUGGGACUCUUGUUCUGAAAGCUGUUCCUGGUGAGGCUGUUGCUGUAUCUGGAAAUUACAUAGUGAUCAAAAUUAUAGCUCAUGUGUUCCUCUUCUUUGAUACUGUAAUAUAUUAGGUCUCCUGUCUCAAAGUGUUAGCAUAGAGCUUCAACUGCAAUACAGUCUGUGCUCCAGCCCUUUGCAGGCUUUGUAGGAAAGGAAGCCUAAAGAGCACUUGCAACAGAGGAGAUGAUGUCUUUUAUUAGUGUUUCACAGAAUCACAGAAUCCCAGGUUGGAAGGGACCUCAGGGAUCAUCUAGUCCAACCCUUCUAGGAAGAGCACAGUCUAGACAAGAUGGCCCAGCACCCUGUCCAGACAGCUCUUGAAGGUGUCCAACGUGGCCGAGUCAACCACUUCCCUGGGGAGAUUAUUCCAAUGGUUGACUGUCCUCACUGUGAAAACUUUCCCUCUCAUGUCCAAUCAGAAACUCCCCAAGAGCAACUUCUGUCCAUUCCCCCUUGUCCUCUUGUUUCAAGUGAAAGAAUUUCAUUAUUGUUGUUUUAGUCUAUUUGAAAGGAGGAUGAUCUUUUCCCUUUAAACACUAAGUCCAAUGUUAAAAAAUUACCUAUUAGAUACUUGUAAUCCUAUUAAGGAACUUAGUAACCUUGGUCUACCGGUGGUGCUGUGGUGGUAGGCAUUUCAUACCAGACACUAACACAAGCCUCUGAUACAGAAAGGGUCUCCAAAUCAAAAUGUAUUGAUGGAAAUUUCUUCAUCUGUAUGGAAAGACUGAAGCUUUCUGACAGAACAUAUCCUCUAUUUACUGGUGUGCUACAACAUAGUGUGAAAUUAUCUAUUAAGUGAAGAACACAGCUUGUGUCUGAGGUGACACUGGUUAUAGAGGCCAUCCUGUUUGGCCAAGACACUUAAAUUAGCAGUUUUCCCUACAAACCUGAAGGGUUAAUGCAAAGUUUAUUCAAAUUUACGUCUCCUUCCUCUGCAGUGCGGUGUUCCCACCACCUUUAAGAAAUGCUGGUGCUCCAAUGCCAUUCACCGGUACAGCUCCCAGCAACAGCCACCCAGUCUGCUGAUCUUACUGAUUGAGCCUGAAAUUUGAUUGGCUUGAUCAAUCCUAACCAAGGUGGUUAGGACUGGAGAUCAUGAGUCAUUGCCUAGUUUUUCUAAAGUUCAGUUUUUGUAAGCUCGCCAAAAGCACAAUCCAGAACCUACACCUCUUCAAAAAUAUUUUAGUCAAAAAGCUGGGAGGAUCAAUAGUCAGGGGCCAAAUCUUAAGUGUCCUUCUGAUUAAAAGAGCUGUACUUGCUCACAUCUAGAUAAAUCCAAACUGAAUUAGAAAAUGGAGGAACAGAAAAAAAUUCCUUCUUAUAUACAUGGGCUUUAGAAUGAGAUUGGAAGACCUGCAUACAAUACAGGACUUCUGUAUAAAACUAUAAAAUGCUGCAAACAUUUAAAUAAGAAACCUGUAAAGAAGAAGAUUAAAUUCCUCUCUUCUUCCCAGUUUCCUUCUUGUGGGGAAUAAUACAUAAAUAAAUAAAUAAAUAAAUAAAUGGGAAAACAUAUCAGCUGCUUUAAAGUGUCAGGAAUGUUUCUGUCACCAUAAACUUUGUUCAGUAGGAAUACAUAUGUUGUGAAAAACAACAUGCAAAUGGAUUUUUCUCUGAGUUAAGUUUUUAUUCUGAGAAAGGAUCUGCCUCUACCAAAAAAAAGGAAGCAUCACUAUGUUUGUUCUUUGAAAACAGACUCCGAGGGAGACUCUGAAGUGUCAGCCUGCUCCCAGUUCUCCUGUUCACUUGAUCUGGACAUGUCAGGCAGGGAAAACAAACAUUGCUCGGUGCCGUUCAGGUCCACCCCCUUGCAGACUGAGGGCUGGCUUGCCUCAUGUCAUCUAGCAUUUUAGGGAGCGGGAAAGCGAGGUAGCCUUCUCUCACUCUCUGUCCUUGCAAGCAGCAGGCUGAGCAGCAGUAUCUGUGUUCUUCUGAAAGCAAGGAGUGUUUCUGAAAAGUAAUGUUAGCCCUCUUCUCCAAAAAACCAAGGUAUCAUCCUGCUCUCUAACAGGCAGAAGUGGUUUGGCAGCUGAAUAUUGAGCCUUCUGUUGUUUCAUCCUUUUUGUUCAUGAGGCUAUGUUGUCCACCUGGACGUCUGACUUUAACCUUUGCCUGAGCGGAAGCUCACCUCAUUUCCCCUUUUCUUCAUGUUUGCAAUGGGCUUGUUUUCUAGUAAACAGCAGAAGUGAGGAGUGACCUGAACUGAUUUGGAAAUACUGUGAAGCCAGAAACUCCAGAACAUCCCCCUUCUGCCCACACACAAGGUAGCACCUUCUAGCUCGUCCUUCCUGUUAGGCGACCCAAUUGCUUAGAGCUGAGCUCAGUGCUCAAAAGCAUUUGGCAAGUGCAGUGCAUAUCCCAGAGCAGCACAAGUACCAUUUGUGGUCCUUUGCAGAGGGAAAAGCUGAUUAUUUGUUUAGGAAAUAGAGGCUGUAGUGCUUAACUUGUGAUAUUUCAGCCACUUCCAUGGCAACAGGCUCUGAGAGAACAAAGCAGGACUUCACCAGAUCACAUAACAGCUUGAAAAUGGAAUACAGAAAAUUUUACAUAGCAACAUUGUGAAGUUGCCUUUAACUUGAAUUUUACCUCUGUUAGUUAACUGGUGAUUUAAUCAGUGAAGUAAUUGCUGUACUGCCAAGCAGUUAUGAGCAAAUUGGCAUUGAUUUCUUUCAGUUGUCAGGCAUCCCUUGUUUCUGUAAUGACAGGGGAUGUGCCAGCACAGUGUGAUGCCCUUCUCCCCCUCUGCCCAAACGUAAUAUUGGCUAUCCGGCAGAUUCCCUGCGAUGAUCACUGUAUUUAAGGGGCAGCAUCAGUUAGAAACAAUGGCCUGGUUCAAAGGCAUUGGAAUUUUUCCAUCUUCUGUGGGCUUCAGAUUUGGCCUCAACUUAGAAAUUUGGCAUAGCCUAUUGCAUGGUCUACAGAAUAAGAGGUUGCAAAGCAUGUGGUUGAGUGAUGGGAUUGUGAACCUCCUGUGCUUAAAGGCAAACCCUUUAUAUUCCUGACCUGAAUUAGAUCUGGUCACUGGGAUUUUAAUCCCCUCAUUGCAGGCAAGGAGAUGGAGGGACUACUUUACCCCUUGGGUCCUUGUGUUAUGAGCAUCACUCACACCAUUUCCUUUAGCUGGCUCAUGCAGAUAGCACCAGAAAGGGCUACAGUGCCCAUGUGUGAAAGGGCUUAUUGCCUGCAGCUGCUUUUCUCAAAGUUUGGUGACACAGAUUCAGAUUCAGGAUAAAAUAUCAGCCCUUUUGGAUUUGGUUCACAGGGAGCAGGUCUGGCAUGCAUCACCCCUGUGUGCGCAGGAUGUGCAUAGGCACGGGGAGUCCUGUGCUUUCUGUCUGCACCGUCAGGCUCUGCAUGACCCCACAUGGCCCUGCAGAGUCCCUCAUCCCAGGCUCAUGCAGCCUGUCCUUGCUGCAGGCUGCUGUGUUCUUCCAGAGCAGGACCUCAGCCUUGGAGAAGGCAGCCAGGGCAUGAAGCCGACUGCUGUGGUGAUGGAAAUGUGGCAGUGACAGGACAGCCCUGGUGGUGCUGCCUGCUCUCUCUGUGCAAGCGUCUUCCAGAGCUGGGUUUGCUAUGUGGCCUGUCAAGAGAGAAGACAGAUGAGGACGAUAUUAACAAGGUUAAUGGCUUUUAACGGGGCUGUUGACAGCACAGUUCCCUUUGCCUCCAAGGCUGAGCAGCAGGGUCUAACUAAUCUUAUCCUGAGUGCUGGCCACCAAAAAGCUGUUUAGUUCACACAGUUGAGAAGUCUUGAGUCAGGAAGAUUUUACAUUUGGUUUCUUGGUAUGGAUGAUUUCAUGCUGAUCCUUUCGAUAGAAACUAGGACAGAUGCAGCCAACUGGAAAGGUGGCAAGAUGGAGCAAAUUGCUCCUGAGCAAGCGAGGAUGCUGAGGACCAGGAAGGGUCAAGAGCUGUCAGGGAGUGGUAGCAAAGGUGCAGGGCACAGAGCUGGGAAUUUGCAGCUCAGAGAUGGGAACCACUGCGAGGAUCAGGGAGCAACCAGCCAGUCCCUGCUGGGACCAGAGAGAAGCCUUUCCAGGUCAGGGGAAGCUGUUCAGAAUUUGCUAUGGUCAGGAAGCCACAAAACUAGCUAAACCAAGCCCAAAAUAAAGGAUUGAGUUGGAGGGGGGGAGCUUUGUAUAAAAAAUUAUUGUUCAUGUAUUUGAUUUUACUAGUACCUUACCUAGCUGAUUUUUUUUCUAUUUAAAAUGUUAGUUGACUUACUUGUAUUAUAAUAAAGCCUGGCUUUUUUUUUUUUCUUUUUAUGUUUUAAAGCCACCUUGUUGCCUUUGAGGAACCCUAUAAGGAAGUGGUCUAGAGAGGGGACUUCAAAGCUGUGGACAGCUUUCGGUCUCAUCACCCACCUGUGGUCACCUCUUCCCCAGCCCCAGCAACAUGAACUUGAGCCUGGCUAAAGACCAAAUUGUUAUAAUACAGAGAAUUUCUCUCCUUGGUUGCUCUGCAACCAGCAGCAGCAAGUUUCCUGUUGUUGGAUCACCCUGACACUCUGCAAAGGAAUGUGGAGGCAUUGAACCUUGUGACAGAGGAAUUUGCAGACUGCUUGAUUAGCCAGGACAGAAUUUCCAGAAUCUGACAAAACCCCUGUUUUUUAGAAUACCUGGGGAAAGGGUUGUGUGACUACAUAAACACAUGACACAUAUAUGCUGUAAGAGAGAGCUGUCAUGAGGACCCUUAGCAGGUUUGGCUAUAGUGGGUUUAGCAGUGCCUAUUGUCUGUAUUUAGAUAGAGCACAAGGACCCUAAAUGAAAUGGGAGUUCAUUUGGUGGAUGUUGUUAACACACACAGCAGAAACCUCUAUUGCUAACUGUCUUGGCCUCAGCAGUCAGAAGAGACAGAUCUGGUUUCAGAAACCGAGAUCAGGCUAGCAUCCCUCCUCUGGACCAGGGCUGCAGGGUCGGCCGCUGCUCCCUGCUGGCAGCUGUGGGCAGGCAAGAGGAAUUUGGCUGUUUGGGCAAUGAUUGCUGUUAACCAGCAGUUGGCCCUCCUCAGGGAAAUGCAGCAAGCCCGGUGGAGGUGUCCUGUUCAAAAAGCCAAGGUGCAGGAUGAGCCAGUGCUGAUCUGUGCCAAUCUCAGUACAGGAGACAGAAAAAAGGGAGGUGUAUCGCCCCUGUCAGGGGGUUAAAGGUAGAGAGCCUGGAUAGUAGGUACAGUGUCAGUCUGGCCUUCAGUACCAGAGUAGGGAAUGUAAUUCUUUUUUUUCAAGAAGUAUUUUCUUUGUAUUGAGCAAGUGUGUUAUAGUGAGAUUUUAAACUGUUGAGUCAGGUAGGAAAUAACAUUUUUCAGGACAUAAGGGAAGUUUGCCAGGGAUUGUAUGGGUGGGUUUUGUUUUUGUUUGUUUUGGUUUUGUUUUUGUUUUUGGUUUUGGUUUUGUUGUUCAUGCAAGUUACCGUGUCACAAAACAGGAAAGGAGAGGAAAGGUUAAUUCCAUUGAAGUAUUGACACUUUGUUUAAAGUAUAUCCAACAGCCGACAAAGAAGUUCAUUUAAGCUACUGCUGUUUACUUACUGCUGUUUAAAGCAAAGUUUACUUUGUAAGAAUCCAGCCCUUGAGAGCCCAGAGCUGCUGUGUCUUGCUACCCAGCAGCACACACAAAUAUAUUCUUUCGCCCUGAACUAUUUGCUUCUGCCUUCUGCAUGAGUAAAGUUAUAAUCACUCAGGAUAUGUUUUAGGAAAAAUGACCCUUUUCUGAAAAUGUCUUACUAAUAUUCAGGGUUUUUAAAAUUAUUAUUCUACUAUGGCUGGAUUUGGGUUUUUUUUUUUGGGUGGGGUAGGAAAAGAACAUAAUCCAGGAUUUAAUUUGUAAGAAUUAGAAAGAGAGGAAGCUUGCUGGGGUAUUUGGAGCUCAUUCCUACAAACUGAAUCUGUAAAUCUUUUACAAAGCUGUAUAUGUAAAUUGGCUGAUAGUUAAACUUUGCACAGAUUAAGAGUAAAGGUAGUGACCUAAAGGAAAGUUAGAGGGUACAGUGAUUAACCUUUCUCCAUAACUAAUUUCAGUAAGGAAUUCCAGACUGCCAUACUUUACAUGGUUUUGGAGUUGUAUAUCCCUCCUCCUCCUUCAUAUUUUCUUGGGAAUUGGAAAUAUGUUGCUAAUGAAGCCUUUCAUAUAAAUGUAAAGAAUUACCGUUGAUUUGUAAGACCUAAAAGACAUUUAUGUUUUCUGACCUGUAAAGUACAUUUUGUGUCACUUUAUUCUUGAUUUACACCCACUGGAUCUGGUGGUUUGUCUUCCCUGACCUAAGCAGAUCCUUCAGGCAAGCAGUUCGUUGAAUUGGGUCAGUAGAGCUGGCCAAGGCAGGGUGUUUCCAGUUCACAGGAGCUGUUAAUACAAAACUUACCUUUGUUUUGAAUCAGAUUGAAACUAGAUUAAAAGCAAAAAAUAUCUUGCUGGUUAGAAAUUUAAGAGGGGGAAGUCAUCUUUCUGAGGCAUGAGGUGUUUCCAAAAUUAAAUUGUCCAGCUGGCAUUAGCAUUGGCAGCUGCUGCUGGAAAUGUAGCCUGGCUACCUGAACAAGUUUCUAUGCAUCACUGAUACAGCAAGAUCUAGAGCAUACAGUUGUUCUUUCCGGCUUCAUAUCUGCUGCACAAAGGUAAUAGCUGACUUGCUUUUAUUUCAUCUCCUAAAUUUUGUUGAAAUUUUGUUGGAGAAGCCUUGCCCACCACUGAUGUAAGCUCGAGCAAGCCCGUUGACCUCGGAGGCUGAAGGUUCAGCCUCAUGUGGCUGAGCUGGAAGGGAGCUGGGGAGCUCCAAGGAUCUGUUGGGGGACCAAAUUCUGCAAAAUUCCGCUGGAGUCUUGAUGAAAAUUCAUCACCAGGACUGAGAAGGUUCUGACAAACAUUUCCAGGUGUUGGAUGGGGGGUGUAUCCAAUAAAACAGCACGUCUCAGAAGUCCUAGCCUUGUUCCUAUUUCUCUUCUUACACUUAGCUAUUUCUGGAGGGAAUCACCAUAGUUUCCAUCCUUUGUUCCAUCAUAGUCAGCUCCUGAGGGAAUGUGAAUAUCCCCCAAGACUGCAGUAUAACUCAACAGAUCUGUUAUUUAUUAGGUGCCCACUGUGUACUGAGAAUUCCUGUUGGCUUCAAAGGAUGACACGGAUAGGCUUUAAAUGAACAAUUGCUGAAGACCCAAAAUGCAAACACAGGGAAGAAAAAGCUCUUAAAAUAUCUUAAGAUCAUAAGUAAAGGCUCAGAAUUACUUCUAAUAACAAAAUAAUAACAUCUUUCUUCAGUUUUUAUGCAUCUUGUUAGAUACAAUUAAGAAAAAUUCUGAAUCUUUCCACAAAAAUGGCAUGGCCCUACAAUAUUAAUUUAGAGUUUGCUUUGAAUUAGAAAUAAGUAAUUACUUCAGAAAAAGGGAGAAGGGGAUGGGUGCUAGCCAAACCUCAUGAUUUGCUCACCCUGAUAUUUCAAGCUGUUAGAGUUCAACAUUGAUUCAAAUGCAAAUGAGGCAAAUUGGAAGAGCCUUAAUAUCUGGGUCAGUGCAACCAUGGACCUGGUUUCUGAACUUGGUCUAUUUUAAAAGAAAAUAUUAAUGGUUAAGAAAUUACUGAUUAAUAUUUUUCUCUUCUGUAUUUUUUUCUGUAUUACUUUAAUAAAUACAUUACAUGAUUCAAAAGGAGAUUUAUGGUGUAAUUUCAGAUCUGAAUUUUAGUCUUUCAUCAUUGAAAUGUUUUCCUUGAAAUAUGUUUUCCUUGAAAUACCUGUUUUGCUUCACUGUUGAUUAAAUAACUUUGAUACAA